UAAUAUCACACAUUUUCUCUUUCCCUUCCCCCAUGGAAUUGUGUUAAAAGAAUCAGACAAAUUGUUCAGAUCACACUCUUCUUUUCUUUCUUGUAUUUGUAUGUGUGUGUGUGAUGAAAGCCCUAGCAUUAAGAGCUUUUUUUCUCUCUGCCAUAUCUCUGCACCAACAAGAUUCCUAAUUAAGUCCCCAGCAUCUAUUCUUUUCCUUGUUCCCUUUGCUUCUCAUCCGGGGGGAAUUUCCUUCUACUUUAAACUAUAUCUCUUUUAUUUUUCACCUUUUUUCACUCUACUAUUAAUGCAAAAGUUGUUUUCUAAUCUCAAAAACCUAUACCUAUAGUACUACAAGGCAUGGGAACACUUAUACUAUACUAUAUGAACUUGUUGUGAGACGCACGGUUAACAACUACUGGCUAUAUAAGAAGGUUCUGUGUGUUACAGAAAGCAAGAGAGAAACAAAAACAGCUUCUUCUACAUUUCUAUCAGUUAUUCAUUCAUUCAUUCAUCACCAUCAUGGCUUCUUCUAAUAGACACUGGCCAAGCAUGUUUAAGUCUAAGCCCUGCAACACUCAUCACCAAUGGCAGCAUGACAUCAACUCUUCUCUCAUUUCAUCUUCUUCUUGUCACAGAACUCCUUACUCAUCAGGUUGUGAAGAGAGAAGUCCUGAACCGAAGCCUAGGUGGAAUCCAAAACCUGAACAGAUUCGGAUACUGGAAGCUAUAUUCAACUCAGGAAUGGUGAAUCCACCCAGAGAAGAAAUUAGGAAGAUUAGAGCACAGUUACAAGAGUAUGGUCAAGUUGGUGAUGCUAAUGUGUUUUACUGGUUCCAGAACCGCAAAUCAAGAAGCAAGCAUAAGCUUCGUCAUCUUCAAAACCAAAACAACUCAAAGAAUCUUCAGAAUCAGAAUCAGAAUCCGGAACCGCCACAGCAACCACAGCAAAACAAUCAUGUUUCUUCACUUGCUCAAACCACUGUUGCACCAUCAUCUUCAUCUUCUUCCUCUGAGAAAUCUCCGCCGAAGGAGUUAAUACCUUCCAAGGUGUUUUCUCUUGGUUUCCCUAACAUCAAUGACGUUGUGCCUAAUUCUCCAUCUGUUUCUUCUGUGAACCAUAACUAUUUUCAGACACAAAAUGAAGCCAAUCUUGUUCCACCACAAGCAAGAGUAACUGCACCACCUACUGAGACUUUCUUCUUCCCAGUGCAAAAUCAUGGACAAGGUGUUGUUCAACCUAAUAAUGUUACAUCACAAGGGUUUUGCUUCUCUGAACUCUCAAAUGUGGUUCAUGCUCAACAAUCACAUGGUCAACAACAACAUCAACAGCAGCAAAACACGGGUCAUUGCACUACUAGUUUUCUGCUCAGUGAGAUCAUGAACAACCAUGGUGCUAAUUCCUCAAAGAAACAUCAAGAUCAACAAGAUCAGGAUAAGCCUGUCAAAAUAGUGCACCAAAUCCCUCAUUUUAACUUGUGUUUCACACCCACACCCACAACUACUACUACUGUUGUACCUCCUACUACCUCCUCCACCAUCACUGUUCCAUCCCCUAUCAUUUCUCAACUACAAGGCAUUGGAGAAACAGGUGUUCCUGCAAGAUUAAUGGUGUUCAUCAAUGAUGUGGCGUUUGAGGUAGCAUCUGGACCUUUCAAUGUUCGUGAAGCAUUUGGGGAUGAUUCUGUGCUCAUUCAUUCAACUGGCCAACCAGUUUUAACAAACCAAUGGGGUGUAACUCUCCAUUCACUCCAGCAUGGUGCAUGUUAUUAUCUGAUAUAGAAAGGAAAAGAAAAAAGCUGAAGGGCGAUGAAUGGAAUGAAGGUUUAAUAUAUGGUGUUGAUUCAUUUUGUUGCUGUUUCUGUUGUUUGUUGUUGUCUAUUUUGAUGACUUUGUGGUUUUUCUUUUUGUUAUCUUUUGUGACAGUUCUUGUGUGUUUCUAUUAGGGUUAUUAUUGAAUUGAAAUAUAGUGUUUGUGAACACUGCUCAUGAGAAUGACUUCAGAUAUAUGAGCUGUUUCAAAGUAUGGAGAUAUGAUCAUGACUUUGUUGACUUAAAUAUGUAACUUUUAUAAUCUCUUGUAUGAGAUCAAGAGAACUAUGUUUGUUGAUUUAUAGUAUGAUAUGGAAUUAUAUUAUAUGCUAUAGUUAAUUAAAGUUA